AUGGCAUACUCUGCUUAUUGUGAUUACCCAACGUUGGUAUCUUGGAAUUGUGAGUACUGUAACACUGAUAAGAAUCUUGGUAAGAUUGUGCCAAAGUAUUAUGCCAUCAAAACCACUUCCAACGGAUUCGCAUUGGUUGCACAGAGGGACAACACAAUUAUUGUGUCAUUUAGAGGCACUCAACCUACAAACCUGGACAAUCUAUUUACUGAUCUUAAGAUGAUCAUGGUUCCAUUCAAUGACACCAAACCUGAUGUCAAAGUACAUUCUGGAUUCCUCAAAUUAUACUUGGACCUUAAACCACAGGUUGAAAGUGCUAUUAGAUCAUUAAUGGAAGCCUGCCCACAUUGUGAUCAUUUGGAAGUAACUGGACACUCUUUGGGAGGUUCAUUGGCAACUCUGAUGGUCUAUGAUUUAUAUCCAUCAGUGUUUAACAAGAAACUCAGCUUCUACACCUUUGGAUCACCAAGAGUUGGAAAUCAAGAGUUUGUCAAUGACUUUGUUGCCAAGAUUGGAGAUAACAUUAAUCAUAUUUGGAGAAUGGUGGAGGGUACAGAUAUCAUCCCACAAUUUCCUCAGUAUCUCUUAGGAUACAGACAUUUGCCACAUGAGGUCUGGUUGGAGAAAGAGGGUGGUAUCAAGAAUAUUUGUUUGGGUAUCGAUGAGGAGAAAUGUCAAAGAUCUCUACCAUUUAUCAGACUUGGAAUCAGAGCUCAUUCCAACUACUUUGGUAUCAGUUCAAUGUUUUGUGACAAGAGUGAUUAUCCCAUCCUCUCAAUUGGAAAAUAA